UAUCUUUCAUUUAGAAGCAGGCAUUCAGUACUCUUUCCUAUAAACCUGAAUCCCAAUGGCUAAAACCUGUAUCUCAAACUGCAUCAAUGACACAAGGUUCCCUCUCCCGGUCAGGCCAACCUACGUGAACCUCUAUAAGUGGCCGGAAUCCGAUGCUGAGUUUGUAAGGUCACUGAGCUCCGACUGGCGCAGCAAUGGCGGCCGUCCACACCCCACUGUUGUUGAUAGCAUCUCGUGCAGGCAAAUAUACCUGAGGAGCUACACGUUUCACAGGAGCAACCAGACCGAGACUGAGAAAACAAAAUGUUUUGGCAGAUCAGUUGAUAAGAAGAAAACUGUUGCCAAGAAGAAGAACGGGGCUCUCAGAAGGGCCAAAGAGGUUUCUUGUGCCGCCCUCUUGGCCAUGUUUCGGAGGCUGUUGGCCUGCACUUCCAAGGUUGAUGUGGCUGAUCAUCAUGGAGAUUGAACAUAUCAUUUUCCUUUACCUUUUUACAUAUUAAUUUCAGCUUUCAGUGCUUCCUUUUUCAGUUUUUAAAUAACUUUCUAAUAGCAUUAAGUUUUUAUUUAUUUCAUGCCUUUUCUUUGUUCUUCCAUCUAUAUUAUUGUCUUUGUUAAUGGAUUUUGCUGAUACCAUGAUUUGUUAAUGGCUAAAGUGCAGAGAGUAUUAUCGACAA